CCGAGCUGUCAGAGAUUUGAGAAAAAAAAAAAAAAAAAAAAAAAAAAAAAAAAAAAAGGCAGCCCCGGCGCUGGCGGAGACGCGCUCUCGCUGCAAAAAAAGCAAAGGCGAUUAAAGGCGCUGCCAGCCUCGCGCUCUGGGCACAGCUGAGCGUGACACUCGGGGAAGUCAAACCCCUCACUUCUGCCUAGGAAGAUGGCUAGACUUUAAAGACUAUUUUUUCCCUUUAAGAAAAAAAAAAUUUCUUGGAGCUUUUUUCUUUUUUCUUGCUUUCUUUUUUCUUUUUUCUUUUUUUUUUUUUUCCUUUUCCUUUUUGGCCGUGGCUUACUCCCCAUUUAAAACAAAUCAUUGAAUCUGGUUGCAGAAAGAAAAAAAGAAAUAGCCAAGUGUCUCCAUAUCUGGAUGUCUACAAAUUAGAGAGAGGGAGAGACAGCGAGAUCUAUCUGCUCGAUAAGAGCGAGCGAUCCAGGCCAGGCGCCUGGGCUUUUUUUCCUGCACCCGCCCCGUGCCUUCGCUGGGGCUUCGCCGGCCUCCUUCCUCCGCGCACCCCCACGGGCCGCUGGCAAAGUGGGGUGGGGAGCGAGGCGGGGGGGGCGGGGGCCGGCGCGGCGGCCGGGGCGGCGGGGCGGCCGAGCAUGGAAGAACAGCAGCCGGAACCUAAAAGUCAGCGCGACUCGGGCCUCGGCGCGGCGGCGGUGGCGGCGGCCCCGGGCAGCCUGAGCCUGAGCCCCGGCGCCAGCGGCAGCAGCGGCAGCGAUGGAGACAGCGUGCCGGUGUCCCCGCAGCCCGCGCCCCCCUCGCCGCCCGCGGCGCCCUGCCUGCCGCCCCUGGCCCACCACCCGCACCUCCCCCCGCAUCCCCCGCCCCCGCCGCCGCCGCCGCCGCAGCAUCUCGCGGCGCCUGCUCACCAGCCGCAGCCCGCGGCCCAGCUGCACCGCACCACCAACUUUUUCAUCGACAACAUCCUGAGGCCGGACUUCGGCUGCAAAAAAGAGCAGCCGCCGCCGCAGCUCCUGGUGGCGGCGGCGGCCGGAGGAAGCGCAGGAGGAGGCCGGGUCGAGCGUGACCGAGGCCAGACCGGCGCAGGUAGAGACCCUGUCCACCCGCUGGGCACGCGGGCGCCAGGCGCCGCCUCACUCCUGUGCGCCCCGGACGUGAACUGUGGCCCACCCGACGGCUCUCCGCCAGCCGCCGGCGGCGGUGCGGGUGCGUCCAAAGCCGGGAAUCCCGUGGCGGCGGCGGCGGCGGCGGCAGCUGUGGCAGCGGCGGCGGCGGCGGCAGCGGCGGCCAAGCCUUCGGACAGCGGCGGCGGUGGCGGCAGUGGAGGCGGCGUGGGGAGCCCUGGUGCGCCGGGUGCCAAGUACCCGGAGCACGGCAACCCCGCCAUCCUGCUUAUGGGCUCAGCCAACGGCGGGCCCGUGGUCAAAACUGACUCGCAGCAGCCCCUCGUUUGGCCGGCCUGGGUGUACUGCACGCGUUACUCGGAUCGUCCGUCCUCCGGUCCGCGCACCAGGAAGCUGAAGAAGAAGAAGAACGAGAAGGAGGACAAGCGGCCGCGGACGGCGUUCACGGCCGAGCAGCUGCAGAGACUCAAGGCGGAGUUCCAGGCGAACCGCUACAUCACGGAGCAGCGGCGGCAGACCCUGGCCCAGGAGCUCAGCCUCAACGAGUCCCAGAUCAAGAUCUGGUUCCAGAACAAGCGCGCCAAGAUCAAGAAAGCCACAGGCAUCAAGAACGGCCUGGCGCUGCACCUCAUGGCGCAGGGACUGUACAACCACUCCACCACCACCGUCCAGGACAAAGACGAGAGCGAGUAGCCGCCGCCGGCUGGGGCCGCGCGGUCCGGCCGCCGCGCCCGCGCCCCCUCCUGGCACCGCCACCGCCACCGCCACCGCCGCCUCGCCGGCCCCACGCCGGGGGAGAAAGAAUCCGCGCACAGGAGGGAGGGAGCAACAGGGAAGAGAGAGAGAGAGAGAGAGACAGAGUUUCUCAGAAUGGAGAGUCACGUUUGAACGAAACAUUUUUAAAAAGGGAGAAAGACUCGGACAGGUGCUAUCGAAAAAUAAGAUCUAUUCUCUAUUCACGGUGUAAGGGGCGAAACUGCGAACUCCUUAAAGCUCUAUCUAGCCAAACCGCUUACGACCUUGUAUAUAUUUAAUUUCAGGUAAGGAAAAGAAAUAUGUGUAGCGAUCUCUAUUUGCUGGACUUUUUAUUAAUCUCCUUUAUUAUUAUUGUUAUAAUUAUUAUAAUUAUUAUAAUUAUUUUAUCCCCCACCUCCGCCUCGCUGCCCCCGGCCCAGUUUCGUUUUCGUUGCCUUUUUUCUUUUGAAUGUUGUUGCUUCUCCGGUGCCUCCCGCCCCGCAUCGCUGGCCCUCGUUUCUCUGGGACUUUUCUUUGUGUGCGUGAGAGUGUGUUUCCUCGCGUGUCUGCCCUUCGCCUCUCCCCCCCACCUCCCAAGCCCCAUCUGUCGGUCUGUCUGUCCUGCUCCCCUUUCGUUUUCCGGAGACUCGUUGAGAAAUACGACCCCACAGACUGCGAGACUGAACCGCCGCUACAAGCCAAAGAUUUUAUUAUGUUCAGAAACCUGUAGUCUGAAAUAAAGUGUUCACUGUGCUCACGA